AGACAAAUGAUCUGGCGAAUAAAAACUAUUUGUAUAAAAACCUUGCGCUCGGGGUUUUACAUAGUAUGAAAGUGACCGGGCAAAGGACUAGAGUAGAAAAAUAAAAUAGGAGCAAAUCAACGUUUAUCUUUACUUUGAAGUGAGACAGAAAGAUUUGUCUCAACAUCUUUGAUUACUGAAGUACAACUAAACAGUAUUUUGUGUUAAACUUUGACUAUUCGACAUUUCUUUGGAUUUUUCUCAGCGUUUUUGGAGGUGUCCAUUAUUUAUCACAUCUUAAAUGGAGACUGUUUUUGGAUUUUGUAUUCUUUAGAAUCUUCACGUAACAGAAAUUCUAAAGAGAGGGAUUUAUAUUAGAGUGAAGAUUUAACAUUGGAUUAUAUGUGCAGGUAUUUUACAGAAAUGCCACCUGAUUUUAACUUGCACGGCCUUAUCACGAAAGAAACUUUGACACUAUUGUUUUCAGCAACUUACAAUAAAACGACACAUUGCUCGCUAAAUCUGUGAAGUUAAUAAGCAUGGAAAUAUUCAAUUUUACUUGAUAAACGCUUUUUUUGUACAAUGACAACUUACUCAAAUGGGUUGUUUUCUCGUCAUUUUUGACAUGGCGUUUUUCAUGGAAAAUUUAUAUAGUGAACUAACAGUCUUCAAAGCAUUACCAUAAAAUCUUAAUUUUUUUUAAUGAAGUGAAAAAAAUUAGAAUGAUGAAGAUAUAUUUUUUAUUAACGAUCUGGGUUUGUGCAAUUUGUGAUGCGUCAAGCAUGGCCAGGCGGUUAGAUAUGCCCCUGGAUGUCAAGAAACUGGAGAGCUUAGGAAAUACAGAUACUCUUAUGAAAUCUUUGAAAAACAUUGCUCAAAAGUCGCACAACUGCGGCGUGAAAGAAAUACCAAAGUUACGCCGACACUACCUCAGGAAUACAACUGUGACUUGCAAUGAUGGGUCUCGUGCAGGGUAUUAUUUAAGAAAAUCUCAUGGCAGCAAAAAAUGGAUCAUAUUUUUAGAAGGAGGCUGGUACUGCUUCGACAGAUUUAGCUGUGAGCUGCGAUGGAGCAGCAAAAUGAGGAAAUAUAUGACGUCAAAAGGAUGGCCAGAGUUCAAAACGGGUAGCGGAAUUCUGUCGUGGGAUCCCAAAGAAAAUCCAUAUUACUUCAAUGCAAAUAUAGUAUACGUACCGUAUUGUUCUAGUGACUCUUGGACAGGGACUGCGAGAAACGGGCACGGAUAUGCCUUUUUAGGUUCCUACAUUAUUGAGGAAGUAAUCCGAAAUUUGAUUCCACGGGGCCUGGCUAAGGCGAAAAAGCUGUUCUUAACAGGAACUAGUGCUGGUGGCACGGGCGUCUUAAUGAACCUUGACCGUGUAGCAGACCUCAUGAAAACAUUGGCCCCCGGGGUCGAGGUUCGGGGGAUAGCCGAUUCUGGUUGGUUUUUAGACAUUCCACAAUUCAGCGAAAAGCCGUGCACAGAGCCUUUGUCCUGUUCCCCGACCACAGGGAUACGGAAGGGAUUCGAUCAGUGGGGAGGUCGUGUGCCGGAAGCCUGUAAAAAGGAAUAUCCGGGCCAGGAACAAUGGCGAUGUUACUUCGGAUACCGGAUGUAUCCGACAUUAAAAACUCCUGUAUUUAUUGUGCAAUACUUAUUUGAUGAAGCGCAAAUAUUAGCGAACAAUGUUAUAAACCAAAACAAACUGAUGAACUAUAACGGAAGCAACGAACUUCUGUCUAAGCAACAGUGGGAGUAUCUGUACAAGCUAGGGGAGAAAGUCAAACAGACGCUUGAAAAUGUGACGGCAGUAUUUGCGCCAGCUUGCCUGUCUCAUGAAGUUUUACUCAAAAAGAGUUGGCAUUCUAUAUCCGUGAAAGGAAUAUCCCUGUCUCAGUCAAUCUACUGCUGGGAAAACAGCUUCGAAGGAGAGAAAUGUAUAACUGCCACAAAUGGAAGCACAAGUGUUAAACUUAUACGUCCAUAUGGCGAUGCUCCUGUCAAAGUUAAAAAACAGAACAAAAAAUCCCAGCGAAAGAAAAAGAAGAAGAGGAAGAAAGAUAAAAAGAGAAGACGACGACGAAGGAAGAACAGGAACCGAAAAAAUAAAAAUAGGAAAAACAAGAAAAAUAAAAGAAAGAAUAGAAAGAAGAAGAGAAAGGGAAAAGGAAAAAAUAGAAAAAAGAACAGGUCGCAGCGAUCAGCUAAGAAUGUCAGUAACUGCAGCCAUCAUCUGAUAGAACAGUGCCCCCUACCUCAGUGGUGCAAUAGCUUUUGUCCCACCUUCCGGAACCAGUAUAACGGGAAGGAGAUUGACUUUUUCAAGGUGUUUGCUGCUUCCGGUAUGGACAGUAAAGGAAUGGCGGAAUUGUUGGGUGUGAAUAUGUCAACAGUAAAUGCCAUGAACGCUAACACAAUCUCAACAUUAUUACUGGACACAUUUAGGCAGAAACAGCAGACAUAGGGUAUUUUUAAGGAUGAUUUUAGUCCUUUUUCUUGCAUACCUCAUUCAAAAAAUACAUUGUGUCGUAAUUUGUUGGUUUAAAUGCAUUUUCAUUAACCAUGUUAUACAUUUCAUCUGUACAUAAGUUUAUUUUAAAUAGCAUUUUGAAUUAAUUUAUUAUUGUCAAAUUGCAUUCAAUAUUUUCAUGAAAAAAGCAUUUGUUCAUAUCAUGACAUAAGAACAAUCAAAGACUAAAUUAAACAGCAUUAGGAAAAUGACAGUGAUGAAGUGAAGUGUAAUACAUAUGUAGUUGAAUCCCUGUCGAGAUUGAAAUUUCCGGUCUGUUCUUGGGAUUUAUGAAUCAUAUUAUGCCAUGUUCUGUGAUUUGAACGAUUUGAUU